CUAACAAUUUCUAUUUUUCUUCCCAACUCAAAUUAUUAUUACUAACCCUUAGAUAUAUGAAUCAAUUUGGGCAACUUGAUUGAGUAAACCUUACCCAAAUGGGAAUAUAACAAGACAAUGACAGCUACCUUCAACAAAGACAACUAACAGCCACCUUCAAGAAUGACAACCAACAUAAAAUUUUCAUAUAUCAAGAAGCAAAUCACCCAUCUCCAAUUUCAUUUUGUGAAUCCUAAAUUCCUAACACCCUUACCUUAAACCACAUGGCAACUUUCUCCAACAUAGAUACUUUACCAGAUGAUUGUGUUUCAAAAAUUCUGUCUUACACAUCUCCACCAGACGCAUGUAGUUUCUCUAUGGUUUCCUCAACUCUCCAAUCACCUGCUAACUCUGACACACUCUGGAGAACCUUCUUGCCCUCUGAUUAUCAUCACAUCCUCUCAAGAAUCCUCAAUCCUUUAACUCUGCAGUCUUCUUCAUAUAAACAUCUCUUCUACUCUCUCUCCCAACAACCUCUUCUCCUAGACAAAGGCAACAUCAGUUUUAAAUUGGAUAAGUGUUCGGGUAAAAAAUCAUAUAUGUUAUCUGCAAGAGAAUUGUCAAUAACAUGGAGCAAUGAUCCAAUGUAUUGGAGCUGGAGACCAACGACUGAAUCAAGAUUUGCUGAGGUGGCAGAGCUAAGAACAAUAAGCUGGUUAGAAAUCAAAGGCAAAAUAAGAACCAAAAUUCUAACACCAAACACAUCAUACGCAGUUUAUCUCAUCACAAAGGUUUCACAUCGUGUGUACGGACUUGAUUCUGCUCCAGCUGAGGUAUCAGUUUCAGUGGCCAACAAAGUGCAAAAUUCUAAGGCAUAUUUGUAUAAUAAAUUUGAGGAUACUCAAUCUUGUGAGAAUCGAAGGAAAGUGGAAGUAAAGAAAGAUAAUUGUGAUGAGGGGAUUCAAGUUCCGUCGAAAAGAGAUGAUGGAUGGAUGGAAAUUGAAUUGGGUGAGUUUUUCUGUAGUGAAGAUGAUGAAGAGGUUAAGAUGAGUGUUAUGGAGGUUGGUUAUAGAUUGAAGGGUGGUCUCAUUGUUGAAGGAAUUGAAGUUAGACCUAAACAUGUUUGACUAAUCAGAGCAAAACAAAACAGAGGGCAAAGGUAUUUUUUUUUUAUAGUUUUUUUUUGUGUACAAUAAUAACAUUCUUGUAUUGCCAAGUAAUUUUGUGAAUAAAAUAUAUAAAAAAAGAGAUGGAUAAAUGUGUAAUUAUAAUACCUAGUGAAUUCUUUGUAAAAUUAUAUAUUAUUAUUGAAACUUAUUUUUUUUCUAUUUUAAUAGACCAUUAUUUUACCCCGUGCGAUGCACGUGUUUAGGCGGGAUUUUGGUCUAAAGUUAGCGCCUAAAUAUGUAUUCUGUUUUAAUAUAUUAAAGAUCAGUGUAUAUUAAUAAAUUUUUUGUUGAAAGAUACUUAUUUGAUGAAAGAUUAAUUAUAAGAGACUACCACUUUAUUAUAGGAGAUUCACAUACUUAAAUUAACUAGUGAUGGGUAUUGAUGAAGUAACUUG